UCCCCCACAAUGGGCAGCGGCACAGCAAGAAGUCCUUCAUCUCGAAAUCCUAUCAUUACGUAUGAAGGGAUGAAAGGGAAGGCCCUCGGAAAGCCAGAACAGGACACAUAUGACAAGCUUGUCGAAGAAGUAAAACAAAACAACCAAGGCGACAACGGGCUUGAGUGUCUCGUGGACAGAUUGUUGGAGAGGAUAGUUACUAUUCUAAAAACGCAAACAGAUAAUCAAAGCAUCGAAUUCUUCCUGAAACAACUGGAGACACAAGAAACGAUUGAUGAUUGUGUACUCUGGCUCCUUCUCGUCAAAUGUGUCAAUAUUCAGAGGGGGAAGUCUAGUGAGAGGGAGGUCCGCAUAAGCCUCAGCAAGAUAAUCCUAGGGCUGAAACCUUAUUUGGCGUUCAUAACCCUUAAUGGGGAGGCUGAUGAUGUAAUGAGAACCGCUGCUGCCUACAAGAAGUGCAUAGACUCAAAAAGGCACUCAGAGUACGAGACCCCCGAUAUACCUUUCAACCUUGCUGCCCAGGAAGACAACUAUAAGGUGGUUGCAUUCAUGAUAUCGACUGGUGAAAAGUUCUAUAAACAUCAGUCGGAUGAAGAUAAACCGGGUAACUGCACAUCAGGUGGCAGAAACAGCCGGGCCUGGGCAUGGCCGAAGAUUUUACAGCGAAGAAAUCCGUAUUAUCGUGCGCUUGAGCUUGCUGCGAGACCUAGCAAAGGAUCCCUAGAAACGCUAGAGAAACUUCUCGAGGUGGAAGGCAUCGCAUUGAUUGAUAAUGAUCCAGGGAAUCCGGAUCCAACGUUCGAGUACGCCAUUAGAGAGGGCAGGCUUGGUGUUGUCGAGAUGUUCCUUAAAAAACGAAAACUCGCUGAGAUCUUUGCUACAGGCAAGAAUAUCAACCUGGCGUUUGAAAAGCUCAAAGGAUCAUCUGAGAAAUUUCGGAGCGAUCGGCUGAUGAUUGCUCAAAAGCUGCUUGAAAAAGUCGAAAAGCAGGAUGUGAUCACCCGCAUGAUCAUGAAAGAGAUAAUAACCGCGGGUGCAAAAGAAGUUUGGGAAGCCAUAAAAGAGCCCAUGCUAAAGAAUGACUUGAAAGCAUGCCUUCUCCACAUGGCGGUGAAUUACCAAAAUCGCGAGUUUGUGAAAACAUUCUUGAAUAAGUACCCAGACUCAGUGAAUCAAAAACAAGCCAUAGAGGACGGCGGUACGUUGGAAUACCCUCUUUGGUAUAAUAAUCAUUUGCCCGGGAGCGAUGGAUCCAAGGCUGGCGAUACGACCAAAGGAGAAAUACGCGCUUUAUUGGUCAACAAGAUGAUUCGCGAGGUUUCCGAGAUAGAGAGGUUGACGCAGAUCUUUUUCGACUCCGACGAACCAGUUGCUGAUCUCUGCUUUGAUCCUUGUGGAAUUAACUCUGCAAGCUACAGAGUAUCCGAGUUCAUAGAUUCCUUGAUAUGGCAAAGCCGAAACCAGAAACUCCUCUCAUACGAACAGACAUUACGAUAUGCUGAGUUCCCUCCCCUCGAUAUGAUGGCCAACGAGCGAGAAUCAUUUACCGAGAGUAGUCACCUUAAACAAGAACAUGAUGAGGUGUUUAAGAUCCUCGAAUGGCUCAGUGGAAAAGGGGUCAAAACAAUCAUCAAACUCAAGGUACCGGAUCGUUUAGUCAACCCUCACGAUGAUAUAAGGAUGGGCAGAGAAGUGAACCGUUUCGAGGUUGAAAUUCUUGACUGGAGGGUGCUCGACCUUUCCAUAUCCAGCCUAGAAGAGGAAACGAAAACGCGGUUAAAAGAGCUUCACCUGUAUUCGAGUGGCAACCGAGCUGCGAUUAGCCACUGGUUUGGCAGUGAAGGCAUUCGCCUAUUAACAAAUCUCGACACGGUCGAAAUUAAGAUUGUUCAGGAGACGUGUACUUUGAAGCGCUUUAGUGCACUGAAGACAGAGAUUCGUGAAAAGUUCAAGCAGCUUCCGAAUACCCAAAACCAUUUAAUACCGCGAAUCGAAUUAGUUCGUUGGUAUCCUACGCAAGAACUCGCAGAUUUAAGUGAGAUUGCGCGUCGCGUGGCACCAAAGCUAGCUCAACGGCUGCAAAAGCUCGGAAAUAUCGUCGGACGGAAAAGGGACGAAAAGGACUCCAAGUUCCGGCCCACGAAAGUAGCCAUUCUCGACAACGGAAUUCUAAGCAUCUCGCCUAUCUCACACCAAUAUACAGAAGAGGGAGAUUCCGGGCGGCAAGGUGAGAAGGUGACCAUCGAGGGUGGAAGAAGCGAUCAUGGUGACGCCGCUGGUGCUCAGACGGAUGCCCAAAAUACCAGAGACCAGCACGACGAUGAUCGAAGUCUCUGGAAGCGCAUCAAGGAAGGCCGCUCCUUCGUGGAUGGAGAUUCAAGACUCAGCCCCUGGCUCUUCGCGUCCAAUCCACAUGGAACCCAGAUGGCCAACUUAAUUUGUGCCAUCGACCCCUUUUGUGAGCUCUACGUGGCAAGGGUGGCCGAAGAUGCGAGGGGGAUCACGGCCAACCGAGUCGCACAGGCCCUCACCUGGGCUAGAAAGAAAGAAGUCGACGUCAUUUCAAUGAGUUUUACGAUCACCGCUGAUCCCGAUAAAGCGGUAUCCACGCAAAUAGAAGAAGCUAGCAAGGCAGGCAUUAUCAUGACCUGCAGCGCGCACGACGAGGGAUCGAGGACCUCGACGGCGAUCCCAGCAAAGUAUUCGGCAGAAGAUAGGUCACUUAUCCGCUUAGCGGCUAGUGAUGAGUACGGCAAGAUUCUCCGAGAGACCGAUAAGAAUAACUACGAUUACCUUAUACCCGGCCAAGACGUGGCCGCCGGUGUAAUCCCGUUCCUCAAAUCGGAGGAUACCAUUACGGGGAGCUCGGUGUCCACGGCAAUCGCUGCCGGACUUUCCUCGCUAAUCCUUACGUGCGAUCGUGCGAAAGACCCUUGCAUGGGAUAUAGAGACGGCACCCAAGACGGCAGCCGUUAUCGCCAGGUCAAGAAGUACCUGAAUACCAUGACGACCGAGGCAAAUCCCCAGUUUUUACAUCUGGACAAUUUUGACAAAACCGGUUUACUCGCAUAGAGGGUCUAGAUCAAGACGAAAGAGCAGACCAUGUGUUGUGUCAGGAACGGUAAAGUGGUAACAAAAGGAGGAGGAGGAGUGCUAUGUAGCUAGAAGGAAUCUGAACUACCUCAGUCCUAUCCUUCUCUAAGAAGAUCAGAUGUCAUCAAUAGUUGAUUGGAUGUUAGCCGAUCGAUUAUUCAUGAACGUAGAAAUGUCCAUUCAGUGUUGCACUUGGGUAGAUUCGACAAAUGAUAUUGGAAUUAGGAAGGCAGAGAUAAGUAAUCCUGACUGUGACCGCCUAGGUAGAUGACGAUUCAAUGUUCAUGACAUUUCUCAUGAUUCUGGUACAAUUGUGUUUGUCACGGACCCAAUACCGUCAAUUUCUAGCUUAACCACAUCACCUGGUCGUACCUGGAAUGCCGUAUCUGCGAUCUAUUAGUAUGUUAUCCAUGUUGGAGUAUCGUGGCGAACCCGUCUAACACGGACGCACUAGGGGUAUGGGUAUAAAGGUGGAGCAGGUUAC